AUGCUUAUCUUAAGCGUGUGUCCUCUACAGAUGUUGUUUUAUAAUUUUACUCAAACGCGCGUCUCUUAUAACAAAAUCAUAGGGACCGAUAUUGAUAUUAAUUCUAGGGCUUUUUUAAGAUUCAAAGCACUCACUCACUCAGCGCUCUCUACAAUCGAUCCGGAGACCUCGCCUCGCUUCCGGCAACCCCUUGCUCACUUCUCCUCAUCGACGGUCUCAUCAUCACCCGACCUCAAAUUCCUUUGUUUCCAUCUUUUGCAGAAAACCCAAAUACACGCUCCCCCCGUUUUUGAUGCUCAGAAACGAAAAAGGGCAAGCGCCUUGUUGAAGUCUACCAGAAAGAAAAGUGUACGGAUGAGCCUAAUGGGUCGGGGAAUAGCAGAGGAAGAGCUAGUCCUUCUUCAUAGAAGACUAUGUGAUCUCAAUUUCAUCUUCUCCCUGUUCUCCGAUUCUCCCGACAACAACUACAGGUUCGGCACAAUGGCUGACCGGAAAGAGCAUCUCCUCCCACCAAAAGCUACAUCAGCUAUAAAUACUGCUGGAAAGGCAGGUGUAUACACUUACAAUAUACAUUUCUGGUUGGGAAAAGAUGCUAAUCAGGAUGAAGCUGGAGUAGCAGCUGUAAAAGUUGUUGAGCUUGAUUCAGUUCUUGGCAAUCGUGCAGUAGAGUAUCGAGAACUUCAAGGUCAUGAAUCUAAUAGGUUUUUGUCAUACUUUAAACCAUGUUUAAUUCCACUUGAGGGAGGUUUUGGAUUUGAAGUCAAAACACCCGAAGAAGAAGAAGAAAAAGAAGAAGAAGAAGAAGAAGAAGAAGAAGAAGAAGAAGAAGAAGAAGAAGAAGGAGAAGAAAAAGAAGAAAAAGAAAAGCCUGAACCACGGUUGUACACAUGUAAAGGAAAACGAGUUUUCAGAUUGAAACAGGUCCCUUUUGCGCGCUCCACCCUGAAUCAUGAUGAAAUGUUCAUAUUGGACACUAAAGAUAAAAUAUUUAUGUUCAAUGGGGCCAACACGGAUGUUCAAGAAAGCAUUGUUAGAGGUCAAUUUCAGGAAAUAGAAGGCGAACUUUCAAAAUCAUCAUUACAUAAUGACAGAUGUUAUCUUUUAUACUGUGGCACCGAUUUAUUCGUUUGGGUUGGUCGAACAACACUAUUGCCAGAUAAAAAAUCUGUCAUGCAUGCUGCUGAGGAGUUUAUUCUCAAAGAAAAUCUGCCAAAGUCAACUCCUGUAACCCGUAUUGGUCAAGGUCAUGAGACAAGUUCAUUUAAAUCCAACUUUGCUUCUUGGUUAGUAGCUUCAGCAGCUUCUGCUCCUGAGGAAACUAGAGGAAAAGUAGCAGCUCUGCUGAAGCAACAAGGUGCUUUUGCCAAAGGUCAGACAAAAAUGGCUCCUGUAGAGGAGGAAGUUCCACCUUUGCUUGGAGAAAAUGGAAAAGUUGAGGUAUGGCGUAUUGAUGGUGAAGAAAAGACGGAAUUACCCAAGGAGGAUAUUGGAAAAUUUUACAGUGGAGAUUGGUAUAUUUGUCUUUACUCCUACCAUUCUGAUGAAAAGAAAGAAGAUCACUACCUGUGCUGUUGGAUUGGGAAGGUUAGCAUCCAGGAGGACCAAAAAACAGCUGUUCAACAAACUACUUCAAUGUUCAACUCUAUGAAAUGCAAACCUGUUCAGUCUGGAGUACCUGUAAAAUUCUCUAGAGAAGGAAAAGAGAGCUUAGCUUUCUGGCUUGCACUUGGUGGAAAACAAAGCUACUCAAGUAGCAAAGUAACACAGGAAAUCAUCCGUGGACCUCACUUGUUUGAAGUAAUAAGCAAUAAAGGAAAGUUAGAGAUUGAAGAAGUUCACAGCUUUGAACAAGAUGAAUUGUUUCCAGAGGAUGUCUUGAUAUUAGAUACACAUGCUGAGGUCAUCGUUUGGGUUGGUCAUUUAGCACAGUCAACGGAAAAACAAAACGCUUUUGAAACUGGCGAGAAAUAUGUAGAGCUGGCUGCAUCUAUGGAUUCCUAG